AAAGCGAGAGGGCCGGUCGGGACGCCCCCCUGACCCGACUCCACCGACGGUCUGGAAACACCGGCAGCCAGGAGAGCCCGUGAUUGGCGAGUUGCCACCACCGCGACGCCAUGGCCCCACAUCGUUGCGCGGUGGAAAGUCGCUGAAUGGCCGACCGUCGAGAGGGCCCAACCCAAUGGGCAGCCGUUCAGAGGGAAUGGUUUGCAAAUCGUGAAAACUUUCCUUGUCUCAUUCAAGCACAUUGGGCCACCGCCGCUCUCUCUCUCAGGUACACGCCGCUCCCUCCGAUAAGCCGGUGCAUUAGCCCCGUCAGAAAAGGGUUCAAGCAUGAUUUCCAGCGCGGCAGAGAGGGGUGGAAGAAAAAGAACGCGAGGAAGAAGCAUUCGUUCUUCAGCAAUCAGCAGGUGUGGCUGCUGAGCUGUCAGUUGGUUUCAUCGUGCAGCGCUGAUCCCUCAUUAAUUUCUCCGGUAUCUGGGAACUGGGAAGGGAAAAGGAAGGGGGGGUGUGGUCUUAUUGAUUCAUCCGUCCUGCUCCACCGGCUGCUCCCAGCUGCGAUCGCUGCCAAUCAUCCUCUCCUCCCACCAACCCAUGAAGUCAUGGACCGUCUCUGCCCGGCUUUGGCCUUAAAGAACUGCCCCGACGGUGCUGGUCACCUCCUCUCUCCCUUCCGCGACGCCUUUCUCCCUUCUGUAACUCUGUCAUCCGUCAAUCUGUCGCAGCUCGACGGGUGCUGGUCUAGACUCGACUUAUUUUUGGUUCGGCCCCCGUGGACGCGCCGUUGGUUAUUCCACGCCUCCACCGAGCCGUGGUUUCAACCGAAUCAACCACCAUUUUUUCCUCUUUUUUUUUCUCCCGCCUCGCUCCCCCAUAUUAUUAUCCGUCUUUGACACCCCAUUAUUCAUAGUUUGCUCGUACUUCCCUUCUCAUUCGUUGCUGUCUCUUAUAUUGCCGGACGCCUCCGGAUUGCUCGGUAGUGAUUCCAUUCU